AUGGAACAAUUAUUAUCAAUUACUUCGAGAAAGGUGAUAGAAUCACUUUCUCUCAAAGAAUUGAAAAGUAUCUAUAGCAAACUCAAGAAGGCUUUCCCAGCAGGGAAGAAGAAUGAUGUUGUUAAUGAUUUAAUAUCUUGCUACCCCUCUGACCAGUCCAACGAAAUUACAAGUAAGAAAGAAUUACUCAGAAGAAUCAAGGAUUUGAGAGUAGUUCCGGAACGGACAGAAGAGGAAGAGGUAGAAGAGGAAGUAGAGGAAGAAGAGGUCUCAAGUGAAGUGUUGUCAAAAAGGAUUAGAGAAUUAGAAGAAGAGUUAGACUUUAUGCGUGAUGAGGUUAAGAAAGCAAAGUCAUCGGCCGAACGAGACAUCAACCAAAUCAUGGUUGAUUUGACUCAACAAGGCGCGUUUUCACAAAGGGAUGUCUGUGAUGACCAGCUACCAGCGGCCCUAGCUAAUGGUCAACGAAAUAGGGUUCUCGAGCUACUCAAGAGUGGGAAGAGUAUUGAUUUGAAUCUAUUUCAAAUAGAUUGUAUGGCCGAAUCUCUUGCCAACGAACGGGUGUCUACUGUUUUUGACCGUAACUCAGUCAGGAAGGAAGAAGUGGAGGAGUUUAGUUCUCUUGGAGCUAUUUACAAGAUUCUGUUGAAGAAACAGCUCAAGAAUAAGGACGAAGAUGAAGAGUUGCAACGGGCUAUUGACUCAGUCGAGAAUCGUGCAUUUGUUCUCCUUGCGAGACAGAAGCACCAGCAAGCGGCAGAGAUAAUUAGUUCCUCUACACUCAACCCGUUGUUGAGAGAAAAAGCGGACCUGUUCUCUUGGGCGCUGAAAGCAGUGGGUAAGAGCGACAAAGAUGCAAAAGUGUUGAAACAACAAUUGAAAAUCCCUACUCCAGAGAAAGAUGUUAGCAAUAUAGUAUGUCUAUAUUGUAAGAAACCAGGUCAUACUAAAGAAACGUGUCGCAAAAAGAUGAGGGAUGAUGAGAAAGCCAAUAAACAACGAGGCCCUCACAGUUCUCUCUACGAAAUCCUUCAGUUUUUUCCAAGAUACUCAUAUGGAAGAAAUUGCCUUCAGGAAGAAGGCUAUUCAUUCGAUUUCCAACAAGUGGAGACAAUGGGAAAUGAUGGGUGCCAAAAAAGAGAUUGUGGGUUUUUUGAAAGAUGGGGUUCCAAUUAUGGUCAGCAAGUAUUUCAUCCCUUACUAUGGAAGAGUAGAUAUAUCCCUUUGGUCGAAGGAAGAAAGAGAAUUUCUAACGGAAGAGAUAUGUAUGAUGUUAUCUAUUGGUGCAUUGGAAUUCUUCCAAGGAACUCCGAAGGUGGUGGCCAAGUAUCGAUUGGUACCGAAGAAAGGAAAGAAGAAAUUCAGAUUAAUUGUGGAUCUUCGUCCCCUAAACAAGUAUUGUUUGGAGAUCCCAAAGUUCAAGUACAAAACUCUGAGCAAGUGUUUGGAUCACAUUCGCAGUGGUGGGAAAAAGUUUUGUGCUACGUUCGAUUUAUUAUCAGGAUAUCACCAAGUGAAGGUGCGAGAAGAAGAUCGAGACAAGAUUGUGAUCGAAUUUAUGGGUCAUCUUCUUUGCUUCACAGUAUUGACAUUUGGAUGGAAUGGAAGCCCAUUCUUUUUCACUCAGAUAGUAGACGAAGGUGUUCGAUUGUUAACAAUAGAAGGCUAUACAUUGUCCAAUUAUUUGGACGAUUUUAUGGCUGUGUUAUGUAUCUCUUACUUAGAUUCCUACAACAAGCUUGUUCGAUUAAGCUUAAGGCUGGAUUUUUAUGGAUUUGUAAGAGAACCUUCAAAAGGUUGUUUCAAACCUUCCUUAGUCUUUUUAUUAUUAGGAGCAUUGGUAGAUCUGAAUUGCAUGACUCUCUCUAUUCCCGAAGAGGGUGUGGAGAAAAUAGUUGCUCGAUGCAAAAACCUCCUAUCAAAAAUGCACAGAGAGGAGGCCUUUUCCGCCCGAGACCUUGCCAAGUUGGCUGGCUCUGUUAUGUCAUAUGUACACUGUUUUCAACCAGCCUUAAUUGCUCUCAAUCCCAUUUAUUCAAGAAUUUUCAAGAUGGUGGAGGAUGGAUGGGAUACGCUACACCGUGUGAAAGACCACCAGUUAUCGAACGCAUUACAAUGGAUUCUUUGCAACAUUCACCAUUGGAACGGUCGAUUAUUUUUGUUUCCGUCAUUGAUCCACGAACUUUUUUCGGACGCCUCUUUAUCCGGCUUUGGUGCUACAAUGCCAUUAUUGAAUUUUACCUUACACGGCUCUUGGUCUACUUAUGGCAUGGAUCAUAUGCAUAUCAAUGUUUUGGAAGCAAAAGCCAUUUUUAUUGCCAUGGAAAAAAUCGCUCCCCUUAUUCAGGGAAAGUGUUUGAGAAUUUUUUCAGACUCUCAAGUGAUAGUGUUUUCUUUGCGAAAAGGUCGUUCCAAAAAUUCCUUAAUUCAAAGGAUUGUGGAAGGUAUUUGGAGAAUAGUAUUCCAAUACGACAUUCAAUUAGUUGCUGUGGAAUGGUUACCGUCGCCCCAAAAUUCGAUCGCCGAUCAAUUGAGCAGGUUGAAAACCACAGAAGAGAUGGAUUUCGGAGAUUGGGAAGUAACCCCAGAGGCAUUCGAAAGAGUUCAACAUCAAUUGCAGGUGAAAGUUCAGUUCGACCGUUUCGCCAGCAAUUACAACUUCAAGGUUCCUCAAUACAUGGUGUGGAAGAGGACCAAGAGAGAACAGCCCGCAGAUGCAUUCAGUUGCUAUUGGCCCAAGGAAGAGCUAAAUUGGUGUUGCGUGCCGUUCAGCAUUAUCCAGAAGGUGCUAGAGCAUUGCAAGCUUUGCCAAUCUCAAAUGAUACUCGUUCACCCAGUAUGGAAGGCAAAACCCUGGUGGCCUCUACUGCUGGAAGGCAAGGUUCGGUCAGUACCAAUGUCUGGAACAGAUUUCAGACCCUCUCGGUCAGGGAAAUGCGAACCGCAAAAGAAAAGCUCUUGGCUAUUAGAGGCGACCCUAAUCGACUUUCGGAUGACCAACUAACAUCAGUUGGUGGACUAAUUGAAAAGGCCGGUGCGGGUCGUGAGUCCACAAACACUACGUAUGACAGUUAUUGGAAUCGAUUUGUUAAAUGGUGCGGUGAGAGAAAUAUUGCAAUACCACCCACAGAGAUGGAUGUUUACAAUUUUCUGGUGUGUCUUUUUCUUAAAUGUAGGUCCGGAAAAAAUUGUAAACUGGCAAUGUUUGCUAUUAAGAAGCGAUGUAAUCAGUUCAAAUGGAUUGACGUGGUGGGUGAACAUAUUUCAUCUCUAGUUGAUUGCAUGAUCAACAUGGCACCAGUUUCAUACGAGAUUGAACGGAACGAGUGGCGUAUUAUGUACAUUGAUAUGUGGAUUCUCGAAGGGUGUAACUUUGUCGACAGGAGAACUUAUGUUUUUUAUACGACCCUUAUGAUCAUCGGCAUCAGGUCCAUGUUACGAGGAUCUGAGUUGGGUAGUAUUUUAACCUCCAAUGUGGUAGAAAUUAACAAGAACAACAUUAACGGAAUCAGAAUUGUUGUGGAAAAAGUGAAGAAUGAUUUUAAACGAAGCAAGAAAGGAAGAGUCAUCGAAAUUGAGGCAACUAACUCCAGGAGAUGUCCUGUCGUCUGGCUUAGGUUAUGGAAAGUGUGUAACCCUCAAAAGUAUUUGUUUGGUAAUGACCUUCCCUUAUCCACGGCUAAAAUUUCGGACAUUCUUAGAUUUGUAGCAACCAGCCUUAAGAUUUCGGGUUCUUUUUCUAGUCAUUCCUUAAGAAUUGGAGGAGCGUCAGAGGCAGCAUUUGCUGGUUUCUCUCACACAGCAAUCCAAGCUCUAGGUGAUUGGUCCUCCAAUGCGAUAGAUGCCUAUUUCAGAGCUGGAUUCGCAUCUGACAAGAAUGUAUCUCGCCAGAUGGGUUUUUAG